UGUUACAAUUUAUUUUUUCAAUUUUCGUAAACAAAAACAAAGUUAGGAAAACUCAAAUUUUACGCUAUAACAACUAAUUAAUAUAUUGUCGUUGGUCGUUAUAAUAUUAAUUUUGAAUCUCUUACUCUGCUUGUAAACGAAUUGUGUAUUUUAUAUGUAAAUGAACAAUAUGUCUAGGUUAGGUGCACUACAUUUCACUAAAAACACCGGUGCAAAACACACAGCUACUGUAAUAUUCUUUCAUGGAUCAGGAGCCACUGGUGAUCAUAUGAAGGAAUGGGUACAUUUACUAGCAAAGAAUUUUACAUUCCCACACAUAAAGGUCUUGUACCCAACCGCACCGUUGCAGCCCUACACUCCAGCUGGAGGUCAAAUGAGCAAUGUGUGGUUUGACCGUGUAGACAUCAAUCCGAACGCUCCAGAGGCAUUAGAAUCACUUGAAAAGAUUGAGCAUGAUGUUAAGAACCUAAUAAAGACUGAAAACGAUGCUGGUAUAGCUAGCAAUAGAAUUAUUGUAGGUGGUUUUUCAAUGGGUGGUGCACUGGCACUUCACACAGCCUUCCGAUGGGAACCAAAUGUGGCGGGAGUGUUUGCAUUUAGCUCAUUCCUCAAUGACAACUCAAUUGUUUAUCAAGAACUUAAGAAAUCUACUAACAAUGCCAAUGUACCUCUACUGCAAAUACAUGGAGACAUAGAUGACCUAGUAGACCUUACCUGGGGUCAGACUACAUUCAUGGAGCUACAGUCCCUCGGAGUGAAGGGAGAGUUCCACGUCAUGGAAAGACUAGGUCACUCACUCAAUAAGAAGGGAUUGAAUAUCAUUAGAGAUUGGGUGGAAAAACUGUUGCCUGAAGUGCAUUGAAUGAAAAUAGUUAUUUUGUAUUUAGUGGUAAUUACUUUAGAAUC